AUGUCGCAGAAUGCAAAACUUGCAUUCACGUUAGAAUCAUCUACGAGAGUUACCAUUUGUUUUUUGUUAUCCUUGACGUAUUGUUCGGCUGAAAAAUUAUCACCCGAUCAAAAGGCACCACCUUUUGCUCGUAUCUCAGGUGGACUUAUUUUGAAUACACCAUACGAAAGUGGAGGUCAAGUUGGAACAAGUUCGAAUAACGUUGAUGGUGUUCAAAGGGAAGAAACGGAAGAUAUUAAAAUUGUUGAUGGUCAACCGGUUCGUGUAGUGAAAGGAAGUUAUUCGUACAAAAGUCCUGAAGGACUUCCUGUAGCUGUCAAAUAUAACGCUGAUGAAAAUGGGAACCAUGCAUCUUUCAAAUUUGGUACAGCUGUUGGGAAUGGUGGUGGUACAGGAAUUGGUGGUAAUGGAAAUCGUGAAACAGCACCAUAUCCACCAGCAGGAAAACCUAAAAAUGGAAAAGAAUUAGAAUAUAUACCACCAAAUUCAGAUAAAACCAAUAACGUUGAUAGAAAAUAUCUUCCACCACAAUAA